AUGCAAUUAUUUCCAUCAAUUCAUCAUUCUCUAUUUGAUUGUUGUCAUCUAUGGAAACUUAUAUUUCUUGUUCUUCGUACAACACGUUUAAUACAGGGUGAAAUGAAUACUAGUGUUAAUAUAUCAUCAUUUUCUUCAGUUAAUAUAGUUCCACAAAUGAGAUUUCAUCCUCAUGAAAGUUUACCCUUGACAGAACAAAUUAUAUAUGAUUUACGGAACGAUAUGAGAAAAGCAAAUGAAAUAAAUGAUUUUGAUGAUGAAGAUUAUAGUGAAGAUGAAGAUAUUGCAAUUGAAGAAGAUAAUCUACAAUAUAUUCAGAUAGCAUCAACAUUAAAAUCUCCUACAGUUAUAAUUACUACAAUGACUACUAUCGUUUCUACUCCUGCUACUACUACAACAACAACAAUCCCGUCGACGACGACGAUUCCAACAACACUAUUAACUACAUUUUUUGCAAUAAAUAGUCGACGAAUUGAAGUCGCUGAGAGUAAAACAUCAGACAAUAAAGAUACGACUAAAUCACCCUCAUCCUCAUCUCGUCAUGUGCCAUUGCUUUUAUCUUUAUUAUUUUCGCUUAGUACAUUGUAUAGAUGCAAUUAUGUGAAUACUUUUUUAUUUUAA